GUGUUAGCUUGAAUAAAUAUUGGUACCUAUAUGGUCUCAUCUCCAGCGUCCAUAUGAUCCGACUCAGUCCUUUUCUUCCACACGAUCUAUCUACCACUUCCAUUUCCUCUAUAACUACCUACUCCACUGUUGUUCGUGUUUCUCCGACUGAAUUACAAUGGCUCUGCAGCCCUCCUCCACCAGUAUCCAGGUCGAAUUCAUCGUCUUUCCACCAUCCGUCAAGCCUCCUGGUGCAACCACCACUUUGUUCCUAGGAGGCGCAGGUGUGAGAGGAAUGGAGAUUCAAGGAAACUUUGUGAAGUUUACGGGGAUUGGUGUGUACUUGGAGGAUAAAGCCAUUCCGUCACUCGCCGGUAAGUGGAAGGGCAAAACCGCUGCUGAGUUGAAGGAUUCCGUCCAGUUCUACAGGGAUAUCGUUACCGGCCCCUUUGAAAAAUUUACUCAGGUGACGAUGAUACUACCAUUAACGGGUAAGCAAUACUCUGAAAAGGUGUCGGAAAUGUGCAUUGGGGUUUGGAAAGCACAAGGCACCUAUACAGAUGCAGAUACCGCAACUAUUGAAAAGUUCCUUCAAGUUUUUAAAGAUGAAAACUUCUUACCAGGCUCCUCUAUUCUCUUCACAACAUCGCCAAAUGGGUCGUUAACGAUCAGCUUCUCGAAAGAUGGUAUCAUACCUGAAGUUGCCAUUGUUGUGUUAGAAAACGAAAAAUUGGCACAAGCAGUAAUUGAGUCUGUGAUCGGCGAGCAUGGUGUUUCCCCAGCGACGAAACAAAGUUUGGCAUCAAGACUCUCAGAAUUCAUGAACCAAGUUGAUGAGAAAGCAACUACAAGUGUUGAAAGCAAAAUUGGUUUAGAAAGUCAAACUGGUUUGUAAACGGGUAAAACUCGUAUGUGAACAAAAUAAAAUGCAAAAUCAUAUGCUCUUAUGGCGUGUGAGAUUUCUACUCGAAUAAAAAUCCAUCAAACCUUUCGAUCCUUCUAGAUGGGGUGUGAGUUUAAUUUGAAAUCACUGGAUCAAAUUAAUUAGGUUUGAUUAUUGUAUAUGUAAGUUAAGGAGUGUUUGAUUUUGAUUUAAUAAGCUUAAUAGACUUAUGGGUUAAUCCAUCUAC